CAAAAACUUUCGAAGAGUCGUAGUGCUCACUAGUCACUCCCUUCCUUUCCAAUGCCAGGCUUGCAAAGCACAUCAAAGAAAAGACCAGCGGUCUCGCAGGGUGGCUCAAAAUCCAAGAAACAGCACUCAGAAAAUCCUCCCUUGACGAAGUUUGCGGAGGAAAAAGUUCAGAAGCGGAGUAGACCUGUCACACAGCCGAUACCAGCAAGUGGGUUGUCUGAGCAUGAUGAAGAUGAGGACGAGGGAGACUUUGAUGACGAAGAAGCUGAUGACCAGGAGAUUGUCGCAGAUGAGAUGAUUGUAGAUGAUGCAUCCAGCAAAGACCCCAAUGCUGCGAGAGAAUCGCAUAAAGUUCAACGUGUACUACAGGAACAGCGUCGAGCAGCUAAACCACACUCCCAGUUACUAGCGGAUGCAAAGCGUAUCUGGUCAUUAGCUCGGCAAAAAAGCAUACCCUCUGCGGAGCGACUGAAGCAUGUGAAGGACUUGAUGAGGGUUAUCCAAGGAAAGGUCAAGGAUAUCGUCCUAAAGCAUGACGCAAGCAGAAUUAUCCAGACUGUCGUGAAAUAUGGUGGGCAAAAGGAGAGGGACCAGGUUGCGAUGGAGCUUAAAGGUCAUUACAAGGCAUUGGCUCAAAGCAAAUACUCGAAGUUCUUAGUGACCAAGCUGAUUAAACUCUGUCCAGCACAUCGUGCAUCCAUCUUGCUCGAAUUCCAAUCCCACGUACUCCGUCUACUGUUACACCGGGAGGCAUCUGCCGUUCUUGCUGAUUCAUUCGAGCUUUAUGCGAAUGCAUAUGAGCGUUCAAUUCUUCUUCGCGACUUCUACGGCAAGGAAGUCGCGUUGUUCUCCCAAACACAAGGUUCCGAACCUGAGAAGGCGAACGCCAAAAAAGGCUUUCAUGGGGUCCUUGAAGGUCUCGAGGGCGAACGAAGAAAACGUGUAAUGGCAGCACUGAAAGAGAAUCUGACCACAAUUUUUAACAAUUCUGAUAAGGGCGCCAUAACCCAUGCAAUCGUUCAUAGGGCGCUUUGGGAAUACUUGUCUGCCGUCAACAACACGGAGGAUGAAUCAGAACGAGAAAAACUUCGCAAAGAGAUAUUCGAAAGUUGUCAGGAUGUCCUUGCCGAGAUGGUUCAUACCAAGGACGGCAGCAGGGCAGUGAGAGAGUUCAUUGUUUAUGGGACGGCUAAGGAUCGGAAACAAAUCAUCAAAAUCAUCAAACCUCACGUUGAGCGUAUGUGCACCGAUGAUGAGGCCCAACUCGUCCUCUUCACUGCCUUAGACGUUAUCGACGAUACAAAGCUGACAGCCAAAUCCCUUGUCUCGGACAUCACCACUCACGCCCCUACGCUCAUCAACACCCCACAAGGUCGACGUGCUCUUUUCUACUUGCUUGUUCCUCGAUCACGACGACAUUUCACGCCUGCCCAAAUAGCGAUAAUUUCUGAGACAGACUCUGUACGGAGCAAAACCAGCAAGAAAAGUGCGGAUGUUCGCGAGGGUGAAAUACGAGCUGCAGCAAGUGAGGGAUUGCUCAAGUUCGUCGAGGAUAAUGGCGCGGAAGCCGCGCGUGAUACCGGUGGAAGUUUGGUAGUAUUGGAGAUUAUGCUUUACGCUGACGGCGACAAGUCUUCGGCUAUACAAUCACUCCUUCAACCAUUAGCUUCCAUAUAUCCAUCGGAAGAUACCUCAAAGCUUCAUCCAAUUGAUCUCCCACACACGUCACGAAUGUAUAAAUCCCUUUUCCAGGGCGGACAUUUCUCGCAUUCUAGCAAAUCCGUCAUUCGCUCACCGUCGUUCUCUCCAUCAGCAUUCGCUUCUGCAUUCAUGUCCAUUGUUGGUAAGGAUGUGACAUUAAGCAUGGCUGAGGGAGAGGGUGCCUUUGUUGUUGCAGAAUUUUUGCAGCGGAUAAAGGAAGAGGGAAGCACAGAGGAAAAGCGGACCGUCAAGGGUUGGUUUGGUGAAGACAUUGUCGAGAGAAUGAAAAAGAGCGAGACGAAAGGGAAAAAUGUCUUACUGGAGAAGAUAAAUGAAUUAUCAUCACGGUAAUGCAUUCUACAAACUUAGUCGAAGUCAACCUUGGGCCAGCUUGACUGGCCACACUUAUAUUUUCGAGGUCGAGGCCUAGGCCUAGGCCCAGGGCCAUGAACGCAUUCUUUGGCUUGUAACUCUGCUUCGGAUGAGAAUUAGCGAAAUCUAUUUUAUGAUCCUGCGAGGAUGAACUAUA